CCUCGUGCGCUCUUGUUGUUGCUGGAGCAGCGGUGGGGGCUGGCCCCGUUGCUAUGUUACCUGUACUUUGUUGAUGUUUAUGGUUUGGGUUUCACGGAGAAUAAACCGUUAAUUAAUAGACCGAAAAAAUGGAAGACAACAGUGCCAAGCGCAGCAAGAACUUUUCGAAACAGGAGCGCGAUGCGAUUGCAAUAAAAAAAAAAUGGGCAGACGUAAAAUCCCUCGUAAAGAAAAAAGCUGCUGAGAGGACGAGGGAGACGAAGAAGACAGGAGGAGGGACGUCCUCUGUUAAACUCGACGCUUUGGAGGAGAAGAUUUUGGGUAUGAUAGGGGAAUCGCUGGUAGGAGGAGUUCAAGGAGGGGUGGACACUGGAGACCACAGCUGUAUGCAGCUGCUACAGCAGACACAAACGGAUACUAUGGUGGACCUUGAUUUUCUUCCCACCCAAGCAGGAGUUGCAACAAUCCAAGUUAUUGUACCCACUGAAGACAUUGUCCCCCCCCACAUUGAACUUGAAGUUCAACAAAAUAAUUCUGAAGAAGAUCUUACUCUGUCACCACUAAUUUCAGAGUCCAUCCUCCAGCCCACACCAGUGAUGACACACAGCAUGGAGGACAUGAUCUUUAUUCAAAGAGACCUUUUGGAGGAAGUGCGACAACUUAGAAGGGUUCAAGAGCAACUUCUACUGGUGGAGAGAGAGAGACUGCUCUUGGCCAAAGCCAAAUUUGAGCUAAAAAAAAAGAAUAUUAGUAUUAUAUUAUUAUUAAGAGUAUUAUAG